AUGGUCAACGUUCCCAAGACCCGUCGCACGUACUGCAAGGGGAAGCAGUGCCGCAAGCACACCCCUCACAAGGUGACGCAGUACAAGACGGGCAAGGCCUCGCUCUUCGCCCAGGGAAAGCGCCGUUACGACCGAAAGCAGUCCGGAUACGGUGGCCAGACCAAGCCCGUCUUCCACAAGAAGGCCAAGACGACGAAGAAGGUCGUCCUCCGCCUCGAGUGCACGGUCUGCAAGUACAAGAUGCAGAUGGCCCUCAAGCGCACCAAGCACUUCGAGUUGGGAGGUGACAAGAAGCAGAAGGGCCAGGCCCUUGUCUUCUAA